UACGACACAAAUCUUACAACUAUACAAUAUGUCUGAGGAAAACGAAUCUUAUCAUAAGACCGAUAAAAAAGCCGGUGAACUACCUUCUGCCUUCGCAGAAGUUCGUUCCUACGUCGAUAAAAUCCAGAGUAUCCUUGAACAAGAGUCAUCUCGUGUUCAGCAAGAGAAAGAAGCGUUCGAUUCAGUCGCCAAAAAGUUGAAACACGUUCACUUCUCGUCCACCAUUAAACUCAAUGUUGGCGGACAAUUSUUCACUACAAGUCUUCAAACACUGACCAAAGAUGCUGGAUCCAUGCUUCAUGCCAUGUUUUCUGGUCGUUUUGAUACCAAACCAGCAGAAGACGGCAGCUACUUCAUCGACCGAGAUGGCACKUGCUUCCGCUACAUCCUGAAUUACUUGAGAACCGGCAAACUAAACCUUCCAGACGACAACCUUGUGAAGAAAGAUGUUCUUGAAGAGGCAGAAUUUUACCAAAUUCAAGGAAUUGUAGACAAACUUAAACCAAAGCCAUUCAGCCAGUCUGCCAUUCUGUCUCCACAAGAACAACUUUGGCUUGUUGAAGCUGUGGGGAAGCUAUAUUGCAGUUCUAACCUGCUGUAUCGYGCAUCAAAGGACGGAUGGUCCAGYUCAAACUUCCAUACUUGCUGUGACAGAAAGGGAACCACAGUGGUAGUGAUUAAGUCAAACGAUUAUAUUUUUGGRGGAUAUACUACUCAAUCAUGGGACUCUUCUAGUGGUUACAAGGUAGAUACUGAAGCCUUUCUCUUCAGUCUCAAGAAUUAUGGGUCAUUGAAACCUGCCAUAAUGAAGAUCAAUCCUGCCAAAAAUGGUGAAAAUGCUGUAUAUUGCAAUUCAGGCUAUGGGCCAAUAUUUGGAGGGGGACAUGAUCUUUUAAUUCCAAACAACCCUCACUCAAGUAACUGCACUGUCAAUAUUGGUCAUACUUAUGAAUGCCCAUCAGGACAGUCAGGUACCACAUUCUUGACUGGCCACACUAAUUUCAGGGUAUCUGAAAUUGAAGUGUUUGAACUAAUCAUGGAAGACGAGUACUAUCUGACAAUGUCUCAAGACCGUGAAACAGAACUUUCUAUCGAAGAGGACUCAGAAAAUCCAAGCGACGAAGAAAUAGACCUACCCAGUGACGAGGUAUUUGCACAGGUCGAUGAGAAGAUAGAAGAAAUUCAUACCAUCUUGAAGACUGAAUCUCUUCGGCUUCGUCAAGAGAAGGACGCAUUCGAUUCAGUCGCCAAGAAAUUGGAACACGUUCACUUCUCGUCCACCAUUAAACUCAAUGUUGGCGGACAAUUCUUUACUACAAGUCUUCAAACACUGACCAAAGAUGCGGGAUCCAUGCUUCAUGCCAUGUUCUCUGGUCGUUUUGAUACCAAACCAGCAGAAGACGGCAGCUACUUCAUCGACCGAGAUGGCACGUGCUUUCGCUACAUCCUGAAUUACUUGAGAACCGGUAAACUUCUGCUACCAGAUGACGAGUUGGUUGGGAAAGAAGUCUUGGAAGAAGCAAAAUUCUACCAAAUACAGGGAAUCGUAGACGAAUUCACGCCUAGAGAACCCCCUCCUCCUCAACUGAGCCACAUUUAUGGCGAUUCAACAAUUCUUUCGACAGCGCAGCGUAUUUAUUUGUCAGCAAUCCAUGGAGAAGACCAGAAAUUCAAGAAGUGCACUCUCCUGUACCGUGGUUCUAGGGAUGGAUGGGCCUCUUCAAUAUUUCAUUCCAAGUGCGAUUCAUUCAGUGGACCAACAAUGGUGGUGAUCAAAAGCACAGGGGGGUACAUCUUUGGUGGAUACACGGAGCAGUCUUGGGCAGGUGGUGGCUAUAAAGCCGACAACGCCGCAUUUUUGUUCAGCCUGGUGAAUUAUUCAGGGAUAACUCCAAUAAUACAGAUGAAAUCUUACCGUAAUUAUAGCAACGCGAUUUACUGCAAUAACAGCUAUGGACCAACAUUUGGUGGCAACCAUGAUCUACAUAUCUGCGACAAUCCACAGUCCAAUAGUUGCUAUUCAAAUAUCGGUCAUACUUACAAGCUACCCUCAGAACUGUCAUCUAAUUCUUUCUUAACAGGUGGACAAAAUUUUAACGUUUCAGAAAUGGAAGUGUAUGGUCUUCAAAAGUAGAGUUAUCUAUAACCACUAGUACCACUAGUUAGAUGAGCAUCCAGUGAUUUAGACUUUGCUAGAUCCAGACUUUCCGUCGUACAAGAUGAAAGUUGUAGUCCGGCUACCAUAAAUAAAUGUAAAGUUAAGGAAUAUAAAACAGUUUUCCAUGUAUUAUACUCUGAUAAAAACACGCGGGAAAAAACACGCGAGAAAAAACACGGGAAAAAACACGCGAGUAUAACAACACGGAAAACUGUUUUUUAUUGCUUUUAUAAAAUAACAAGCGCUCAAAUAUUCAUGAGAAAAAAAAAGCCGAGAAAAAAAUGACGCGAGCGUGUAUUAUGCUCUCAUCAUUUUUGGCCAAUCAGAGCGCGCGUAAUAUGAAAGUUAUUUUAUAAACAUAAAUACAUCGUUAUUCUCGAAUCAUGUUUCAGUUUUGUAGUUUAGAUCAUAUAUAAUGAUCGUUGAUUGUAGUAUAGAGUAAAAUUGAUAAUCAUAAUUUCUAUUAAAAAUACCUUGUACUGUAA